AUGCCGAAGGUGCACCAGUCGUCUCUAAGGUCGUUCAUCGGAGUGGUUCCCCAGGAUACGGUUCUUUUCAACGACACCAUCGGCAACAACAUCCGCUACAGCCGGAUUACAGCCACCGACCACGAGGUGGAGAGAGCCGCCAUGGCUGCCGACAUACACACCAGAAUCCUGGAGCUGCCUCAGGGCUACGACACGGAGGUGGGCGAGCGAGGGCUGAAGCUCAGUGGCGGGGAGAAGCAGAGAGUGGCGAUAGCUCGAACCAUCCUGAAGGAGCCUCAGAUCAUUCUGCUGGAUGAGGCCACUUCUUCGCUGGACACCCAAACUGAGAGGAACAUCCAGGCUUCACUGGCCAAGGUCUGCACCAACAGGACGACUAUAGUGGUCGCACACAGGUUAUCCACCAUCGUCGCAGCCGACCAGAUCCUCGUGCUUCACAACGGACACGUAGCAGAAAGAGGGAGACACGAGGAGCUGCUGCUGCAGGGAGGUCUGUAUGCAGCCAUGUGGAUGAAACAGCAGAAAACUCUCAACGGACCAACAACAGAAACACACAUCGACAAUCAAGAUCGGGAAACUUGA